AUUUGGAAUAAGGGGUUGUAGUCAACUUUCCUUCCAAGGAAAAGCUGGGAACCUUCUCAUGUUGCUUCAUGAAAACUAAGCUAUGAAUCAGCCUUUGCCAAAGAGCUAUUAAAUGGGUGAAAUGGGCCUCUUGCCCAUGAUUUGAUUCAACUGCCUCUUUCCAGCACAGCCAGUUCUUCUUUUCUCUGGAGCUGAUUGGCUCGGGAGUGUGGCCAGAAGCCUACCUCCUGCUAUUAAAAGAGUCAGGUCUCUAACUGUUGAUCUGUUUUUUUCUCUUCUGAGUGAUGGCGCUUCCCAUCUUCAUCCUCCGGCUGGCCGUCUGCAUCCUGGCAUUUCCCGUGUACCUGCUGAACUUUCUGGGCGUGUGGAAUUGGAUAUGCAAAAUUUGGCUCCCCUACUUCUUGGCGAGGUUCAGUGUGAUGUACAAUAAAGAGAUGGCGAGCCAGAAGCGGGAGCUCUUCAGCAACCUGCAGGAGUUUGUGGGCCCCUCGGGAAAGCUCUCCCUGCUGGAGCUGGGCUGUGGCACGGGGGCCAACUUCAAGUUCUACCCGCCUGGGUGCAGGGUGACCUGUAUUGACCCGAACCCCAACUUUGAGAAGUUCUUGAUCAAGAGCAUUGCCGAGAACCAACACCUGCAGUUCGAGCGCUUUGUGGUGGGUGUCGGGGAGGACAUGCACCAGGUGGCCGAUGGCUCCAUGGAUGUGGUGGUCUGCACCCUGGUCCUGUGCUCCGUGGAGAACCAGGUGCGGACCCUCCAGGAAGUGUGCAGAGUGCUGAGGCCGGGCGGGGCUUUUUAUUUCAUGGAGCACGUAGCAGCUGAGCGUUCAACAUGGAAUUACUUCUGGCAGCAGGUCCUGGAUCCUGUCUGGUACCUUCUGUUUGACGGGUGCAACCUCACCAGAGAGAGCUGGAAGGCCCUGGAGACAGCCAGCUUCUCCAAGCUGAAGCUGCAGCGCUUACAGGCGCCGCUGUCCUGGGAGAUAGUGCGCCCUCACAUCUACGGAUAUGCUGUGAAAUAGCGCACACACAGUAGGGAGCUGAAUGGCUCAAAUAAAUUCAGGCCUCAGUUGUACGCUUAGAAUACUAAUUGGGAGACGAGAAACUCUCUUUUUAGGUCAAGUUGAAUGUCAUCCCUAAAAGUUUAUGUUAUAACCUACUUA